AUGCAGAACCUCGACCUGACCGCUUCAAAAUGGGCAAGUCCUGAUGUACGCCGGGAACGAGAAUCACAGAUCCCAAGCUGGACCCGAAGAGCCGCCUCCCCACGAACCCAGAUUUCAGUGUCAUCAAGCUCCUUGCAGCAGCCACAACAGCAACAGCAACAGCAACAUCCAUCUUCGCCAGUCCCCGCUCCGUCGUCGACUCCGACCAGCUCUGCCCAGCGACGAUAUCUAUCACGAGAGGCUGAACUGCAGCGGUUCCGCAGGCUGUUCCGGCGACUGGCGUGGAAGGCCAACAGUUUGACGCACUGGUCCCACCGCGCGCUAAAUCUGGCCCAAGAAUACCAGAACCGACAACACAACCUCGACAACCAGGGGCAAAUCGAUGGCCUUGUUGACGGAGGCGGUCCCUCUGGACCUCGGGCUACACUGGGACCCUACGACCUGAUCAUCGACCCGGUCGAUGCGGAACGGCAGUUCAAGAUCGACUUCUACGAGUUCUACGCCUUGCUGGAGCGGGGCCUCGUCUGCCUGCUGGGUGUUUGGGGGAUUGUGAUCACAGCCUCCGCUACAGCGACAGCAGCAGCCGGGGCCACGACAGCAGAACACGGAAAGACGGAGGAUCACGCGAGACCCGCCUCACGCCGCCCCAUCAUCGGCGAUUCGCUGUACUUCCAGGGCGCGGCGCACAGGUUCCACGCCAACGUGCUCGCCGCGCUCGACCACCCGUCGAGCCCGCUGCACGCGAUCCUCGGCACGGGCCCCGUGCGCGAGUACAUCGGGGUGGCCAAGGAAUUCCGCAACAAGUGGAAGGACGUCGAGUCGCGGCCCGAGGACUCGUUCCACGGCCCCGACCGGGUCGAGGAGGAAUGGGACCGGGCCAAGAUGCGCCGCUACGAGAAGGUGCUCCGAGACCUGAAGCUGGAGGAGAUGCUGGGCAACGUCCUCCGCGGAUUGGAAGAGGCUGGACGCAUGGCGGAGCGCGAGGUCGAGAGGCUGCGAGCUUCGCUAGGGGGAGAAGGUGCGGAUUACGCCGCUCUCGGUACCCCCCGUGACGUGGAUUUGGAUAUGCAGGAUGCUCCGUUUGAGCUGUUGGACAGGCCAGGCGAUUUAGACUACGAGAUGGAGUUUUGA